UUUCCUGUUGCGGAAGGUCAGAACUCAAUGGAGUAAAAACCAGAAAAUCAACAAAACACGACGUCACAGUCUAGUUAUACAGUUUUAACGUUUUACGUAACAAAAUUCUAUAUGAUAGGAAGUUUGCGCCUUAAUUUUUGUCAUUGCCACCCUUUCUCUACUUCACUUCCCACACAUUCAAUUCAAUUCAAUUGUUUGUAAUAACGUUAAGUCUCUUCUUCAUCUCACUAUCUUCUCCUUCCUCUUCUUCUCUCAGUUUGCAUUAAUGGCUGAAGAUUGUACAUGAAAGGGUGAAAAAAAUAUUGGUUCUUGGAGUUUUUGGUGAAGUUUCAAUGGUUGUGGAGGUGAAUAAGGUGACGGGAUUAUAGCUGUUUAGAGAAUGUGAAGCCGGGUUUGUGAUUAUUUAAUGCCAAGUUUUGAGAAAAUCGAUGGAGGUUUAGAGUUUCAAGGAGCACCCAUUUACGAUAUUAAUCAAGGCUCCCUGAAUCUUGCAUUAUCAUAAUCCCACUCGCAUCUGCUUCAGACUUAAAGAUGAGCAACAACAUUCACUGAAUUCAAGGCUUGUAAUUAAGAUAGUAAUCAAAUUAAGUAAUUGAAUUGGAGAGGAUGUGUAAAGUGGAGAAGAGUAAUGAGAAGUGUGAGUGCAGGAAAAAGCAGUGGGAGAUAUUGGGGUUUAAGUACUUUCUGGGUAAAAAUAAUAAGGGGGAGAAGAUGAAGUGUUCUGCAAAUGCAAUGGCAAUGGGGGCUUCAAAUUCAAAGUCUCGGAUUAAGUUGUGGGUGAUAAGAGCAAUCAUAACGAUUUUGCUAUGGACUUGUUUUGUUCAGUUAAUGACAUUGAGGGAGAUUUUGGGGCCAAGAUUGCUGAAGGGUUGGCCUUCUUCUUUCACCCAUUCUGAUUUGUCUUUGUCUGCUGAAUUGUCUUCUCUUCCCACUGAAGCAGUUCUUCCACCAAAGAGGAUUUAUAAGAACAAUGGCUAUUUGAUGGUUUCUUGCAAUGGAGGACUCAAUCAAAUGCGGGCUGCAAUUUGUGACAUGGUCGCCAUUGCUAGGUACUUAAAUGUCACUCUUAUUGUCCCAGAGCUUGAUAAAACUUCAUUCUGGAAUGAUCCAAGUGAGUUCCAAGACAUUUUUGAUGUUGAACAUUUCAUAUCUUCAUUGAGAGAUGAGGUUCGCAUAUUGAAAGAAUUGCCACCAAGGCUUAAAAGAAGAGUUGAACUGGGAAUGUUCUACUCAUUGCCUCCCAUUAGUUGGUCUGACAUUUCUUACUACCAUAAUCAGAUUCUUCCUCUGCUGCAAAAGUACAAGGUUGUACAUCUAAACAAAACUGAUGCAAGGCUUGCUAACAAUGGACUACCUAUUGAGAUUCAGAAGUUGCGGUGCCGAGUGAAUUUCAAUGCGCUGAGAUUUACUUCCCAGAUAGAGGAAUUGGGGAAAAGGGUUGUGAGGAUUUUGAGGGAAAAGGUCCCAUUUCUGGUACUUCAUCUCAGAUAUGAAAUGGACAUGUUAGCUUUUUCUGGAUGCACUCAUGGCUGCAGUAGUGAGGAGGUUGAAGAACUCACCAGAAUGAGAUAUGCUUAUCCAUGGUGGAAGGAAAAACUGAUAAACUCUGAGGUGAAAAGGAAAGAAGGUUUGUGCCCUUUGACACCAGAAGAAACAGGCAUAGUUUUAACUGCAAUAGGCAUCGAUCGCAAUGUUCAAAUUUACAUUGCUGCUGGGGAAAUAUAUGGUGGAGAAAGAGGGAUGGCAACUUUGGCAAAGGCUUUUCCUAAUUUGGUUAGAAAAGAGACUCUACUGGGACCAUCAGAUUUGAAGCUUUUCCAAAAUCAUUCUUCACAAAUGGCGGCACUAGAUUACCUUGUAUCCCUGGAGAGUGAUAUAUUUGUUCCUACAUAUGAUGGAAACAUGGCUAAAGUUGUUGAAGGCCAUCGCAGAUACUUGGGGUUCAAGAAGACAAUUUUAUUGAACAGAAGGCUUCUGGUUGAUUUAAUUGACAGAUACAAGAAUGGUUCAAUGAGCUGGGAUGAGUUCUCCCUCACUGUGAAGGAAGCUCAUGCUGAUCUAAUGGGCAGCCCAAAGCUACGAGCAGUAAUUCCAGAUAAACCGAAGGAAGAAGACUACUUUUAUUCCAAUCCACAUGAAUGUUUUCAGUUGUUUGAUGAACCAUUCAGAAACACAUGAAUUUGGUCAUGCCAGUGAGAUGACUGCUCAUUUUUCACGCAAGUUAUCAAGCACAGUGCCCAUAAUCCUGCUCUUGAAUUCUAAGAGAACUUAGGCUCGAGUCUGGACAAUCUACAGAAGGGUCACUAAAAAAUAUUUACAAUAAAUCAUACAUUGAACCUGCUGAUUCAUGUAUAGAGUGCAGGGCCAAUAAGACUACAACAGAUCAUCUGCUUUGUACAGAGGGAAAGAAAACACAGUUUUCUUUAUUUGUAUAUACUUUCUUCGGCAUGAAACAUGCAUAAAAUUGAAAUAAAAAGAAGUUUGACAAGUGAUCUCUGUUCAAACAGUUUCUAUUGGUUGAAUGUGA